UUUUGAGGACCUGUGGUUUCACUGGGAAACAGAUGGCACAGAUUCUGGGUGUCUCUGUUCGUACACUGAGCCGUCGUUUAAGGUAUGUUUCAAUAAUGGCAGUUCCCUCUUGUCUCAAUUGUUGUAAUCAUCCUGGAGGGCUGGUUAAAGGUGCAAAAGCACAUCGAUUUACCUCUAUGUGCAAAUGUUAUAGGCAGUUCAACCUGAGGCGCGCUGGGACAUUUUCCACCUGCUCAGAUGCUGCCUUGGAUGACCUCAUCAGGGAGACAGUGGCUGGGAAUGACCGCAUCGGCCCAGAGUCUGUGAGGGCGCAGCUGCGUGCGCAGCAAAUUAAUGUUCAGAGGAGCAGAGUGCGUUCAAGCAUGCUGAGGGUGAACCCUGCAGCAGCUGCAGCGCGAACAAUGUCCCAGGCUCUGCAAAGAAGGGCAUAUAGAGUUGCUGGCCCAAACUCCUUGUGGCACAUCGAUGGCAACCACAAGUUGAUAAGGUGGAGGAUUGUUAUCCAUGGGGCCAUCGAUGGAUACAGCCGGUUGGUUGUGUUCCUCCGAGCCUCCGACAACAACCGGAGCAGCACGGUGAUGGAGAGCUUCCUGAGUGCUGUGGCGAAGUAUGGCGUGCCUUCGAGGGUCAGGACUGACCACGGAGGUGAGAACAACUCGGUCUGCCUCAUGAUGAACCUUUUUAGAGGGUCAAACAGAGGUAGUGCUCUCCGGGGGAGAAGCACCCACAACCAGCGCAUUGAACGGCUCUGGGGGGAUUUGUGGCGAGGAAUGUCCAACGUGUACUAUCAACUCUUCAACUUCCUGGAGAGCGAAGGUAUCGUGGACAUCGACAACGAGAUGCACAUGGCGGCACUGCACUACGUGUACCUCCCGCGGAUUAACCGUGACCUUUGCGGCUUCUUUGAACAGUGGAAUAACCAUGGACUGAGGACGGAAAGGCAUGCUACUCCACUGCAGAUGUUCGUCAGAGGUUGCCUGGAACGGCAGGGACAGACAACUACUGCAAUGCUUUCCGUAUUUGGUGGAGAAGGAGGUGCUGCUGAGGAAGGAGGUGCUGCGGAGGAAGGAGGUGCUGCUGAGGAAGGAGAAGGGGAAGACCCAGCAAGAGAGGGCGGUGCUGGUGCAGGAGAGGUGCACUGGCCUGAGAGGGUCACCGUACCUUCAAAUCAGUACCUCAUUGGGGAUGCUGUUUUGGAGCAGCUAAACAGCACCUUUGACCCUCUUGCUGGUCCUAGAGGAGACCUUGGACUGGACCUCAUCCGUGAGGUUGUGUCUCUUCUGGCAUUACAAUGA